AUGGCAACAGGAUACAAGGUGGAGGUGGAGGCAGAAAUGCCCCCUUCUACACAAAUUCAAGGCCCAAGGUUACACACAAUUACUGCUGCUCUUGCCGUUUGUCUUUUUAUAACCAAUCUGGAAAUCCCAAUCGUGACAACCGCCUUGGUUAGAAUUACCGGGGAAUUGGGGGCAUAUAUGCUAGGAUAUGCCGGACUGCUUUCAUGCUUGCUGGUCGCUGUUUUCCUCUUUGUGGUGUUUUCAGGGGCUUGCGGCGCAGCCCAAACCAUGGAGCAACUGAUCGUCUUUCGUGCAUUUCAGGGUGUUGGCGGAGCGGGCAACUACUCUCUCUGUGCUGCGAUUCUGCUAGACCUGGUCCCGACGGAGAAAUAUGCGACAUACAUGAGUUCACUAUCCCUAGUAUACGCGAUAUCGCUCCUUUUCGGCCCUCUGAUGGGAGGGGGUAUCUCGGACUCGUCGACAUGGCGCUGGGUGUUUCUGUUGAAUGUCCCUCCGGGCGCACUGGCCGGGAUAGGGCUUGCUCUAGUCCUGCCAAACCGGUUCCCCUAUCACAACGAACCAUCCAAGGCGAAGACAAUGUCAUCCGUGUUGGCAUCGUUGCGGCAAAUGAUUCAGAGGGUCGACUUACUAGGCUCCAGCUUGCUGUUAGUUGGAACCAUUCUCCUGGUAACGGCCCUGGAGGAAGCCAAUCAGGAAUACACAUGGAGUUCGGCUUUUACCAUUGUGCUCCUCAUCAUCUCCGGACUGGCAUGGAUUGCCUUUCUACUGUGGGAAAGACGGGUGACACUCUAUUCCAAGCACAUUGAGCCGGUCUUUCCGUGGAGAAAUUCCGUCUGUCUGGGUGCAGUGUGGUUUUCGACGAUGUUUCAGUUACCCCAGCGCUUCCAAAUCGUCAAUCAGCUUACGGCAUUCCAAGCAGCUGUCCGGUUCAUCCCUUUCACCGUGGCAAGUCCCGUGGCAUCCGUCCUCGCACCGGCUAUCGGAAAGAUGUUCAAAGUUCCGCUGCUGUACCUGGUAAUAUUCGCGUCCUUGCUUCAGGUCGUUGCUUACGUCCUUCUGGGCACACUCCCCGACUCAUUGUCGAUCACCUCAGCACAAUACGGAUACCAGGUAUUGGCCGGCUUCGGUUGUGGGAUCAACAUUACACUGCUGAUCCUGAUGACACCCUUCACGAUCGAAAAGCGAGACAAUGCGGUCGCCAUGGGGGCCAUUACGCAGUUCCGAGUCAUGGGCGGCUGUAUUGGAAUUUCCGUGCUGACGGCGGUGGCUAAUGGCUACCUCCAGUCUCACCUGCAGCAAUGGCUGACGCCGACGGAGAUGCAAUUGGUCCUGCACUCCGCGGAGAGUCUUUCCGAUCUCCCAACGUCAGCACAAAGCCUAGUGCGAGGGACCUUCUCGGCCAGUUACAAUUUGGAGAUGAAAAUUUUGGCGGGUUUUGCUGGGGGCCAGGUGCUGGCCUCGGUGCUUAUGUGGCAGAGGGAACAAAUCAUCGUCUAA